AAGGUUUUCUUUCAUUCAACAGACCAAAUUCUAGUGGGUACUGUGAGUCUGUGUGUGCGCGCGCGCAUCAGAGAGAGAGAGAGAGAUGGAGAAUUCUGGGCUCUUAAUGUCAUCAAGGAACAUCAUCAACCCAAUUCCUUCAAAGAGUAUUAGUGACUUCAAAGAUGUUAAAUUGCGGUGCAACACCUUCAGCUUCAGAAACCUUCCUCCGAGUAGAUUCCACUUCUCUUUGGACAAAGUCAAGUUUCCCACCAGAAGCCGCCCAAGUCGGGGAUUGUGGAGUAAAAAACAGAGUACUAUAUGUUGUUGCAUUGGAGUUACUACCGUCCCCGCCCCUCCCAUUAUUGAACUCUCAGCAUCAAAUGCAACCAUCGCCAUAGUGGACACAUCACAUGCCGCUGCGUCAGAGUUUAUGCAAAGGUUGGUGGUUGUAGAUUUGGACCCUGCCACAGCAAAGCUUGCUAUAGGUUUUCUGGGUCCCUUCCUAUCAGGAUUCGGCUUUCUAUUCAUUUUGAGAAUAGUCAUGUCCUGGUACCCAAAGCUUCCAGUCGAAAAGUUAAUUAAAUGUGUGAAUUACAAGUUCCCAAAAAUCUUAUAUGGAACAAUACCACCACUUGGAGGAGUAGAUGUAACUCCUGUGGUCUGGUUUGGAUUGAUUAGUUUCAUGAAUGAAAUAUUAGUAGGUCCACAAGGUCUGCUUGUUCUCCUUUCUCAACAAAUUUAG